CAAUUUUCUUGAUCAAUAUUGCAUCAGCCAGCCAUUGUAUAUAACUCUUCAUCCUUUAAAAAUUAAGCCUUCACUUCUAGUUCUUAAUUUUCCAAAGUCCUUAAUCCUUAUAGAUGGAUCUUGUGCUACAUGGUACUUGGUGUUCCUUGUUAACUUUGUUCUAGUUUCUUCUUCUUGAAUGCUCCAUCGACCAAGAGGUCAUUGUGACCAAUCAAGAGUUUAGCUGUUAAAUGAUGCACUCCAUAUUCAGCAUACCAGAAUGGUAGUGUGAAGAUAGUUAGCUAAUAUCAUGGUUGUGUUGCAGAUUGAAAAGAAAUGGAAGAAGAAGAUAGUGUGAGCAUCAAUCCAACCCCCUUGUUUCGCCCACCACCACCAAGAACGCAAACUUUGGAUGAUAUACAACUACUUUCACCGUCAUCAUCUCAACUAUGUGAAGAGUCUACUAAUUUUUGUCAACUUUACACUCCUCAAGUUAAAAAUGAAGUGAUACCGAGAAUUGACCAACAUUUUCGCAACUUAGAGGAUGUGUAUGCGUUCUACAACAAUUAUGCAUUUCAUGCUGGAUUUAGUGUGCGAAUAAAUUCAAGCAAGAUGGAUAAGAAUGGUGAAACCACUAGGAAGGAUUAUGUUUGUUUCAAAGAAGGGGAGAGGAGAAUUUCUAAGGCCACCACUACACGUCGUCGGGGUUUGACAAGAGAGAAAUGUGGUGCAAAAUUAGUUGUCGUGAGAGCCUGGUCAAGUGAAGGGUUUGUUGUCUCCAACUUUGUCGAGGGUCAUAGCCACUCUCUUACGACCCCGAGGAAGACACAUUUGUUGAAAUCGCAUCGUCGCAUUUCUGAUGCACAAAAAUCCUUAACACAACAUCUCGCUGCUGCAAAUGUGCCACCCCAUCAACAAAUGAGUAUUUUGGAGUUGCAAGCCGGGGGUCUUGGAAAUGUUGGAUUUUUACCACAAGAUCUUUAUAACAAAAAUAGGGAUGAGAGGAAUUGCGUUGAUGGAUAUGACGCCGACAUGUUGUACGAGUAUUUCGAAACCGAACAACAAAAGAAUCUCAAUUUUUAUUUUACAAUGGAGAAAGAUGAUGAGGGGAGGAUGAGUCAUUGUUUUUGGGCGGAUGCCACAUGUAGAAAGUCGUAUCAAUAUUUUGGGGAUGUGGUGGUAUUAGAUACAACCUACAAUACAAACCGAUAUUCUAUGAUCUUUGCUCCUAUAUUAGGAGUUAAUCACCAUAGGCAGACUACGCUUUUUGGUUGUGGGUUCUUGUGUAAUGAAUCGAGUGAUUCUUUUGAGUGGCUUUUUAAAGAAUGGCUGAAAGCAAUGCCAGGAAUCCCGCCCAAAAUGAUCAUAACUGAUCAGGAUUUGGCAAUGACAAAAGCAUUUGCUAAUGUUCUUCCAAAUACGCACCAUAGAUAUUGCAUUUGGCACAUUGUCAGUAAAUUUUCUUCAAAGAUAAGUGCAUUAUCUUAUAAAGAACAUUAUGAUGAUUUUAAAGGAUGUAUGUGGAAUUCGGAAAGCCCUGAAGAGUUUGAUAGGAGAUGGGAAGAUAUUGUAACAAAAUCUAACUUGUCCGACAGUGAAUGGUUACAGUCCAUUUACGAAAUUCGUGACAGAUGGGUUCCUGCGUAUACGAAACACAUUUUUUCUGCCCACAUGACAAGUAGCCAAAGAGCUGAAAGUUCUCAUGCAUUCUUUAAGAGAUACGUGUCUAAAGAAAAUACAAUGUUGGAUUUUGUUUUGCGGUUUGAAAGGGCAUUGUCACGUAUACGCCAUAAUGAAUUGAAUUUGGACCACAAAGAUGUAAAUGAAAAGGCAUUCUUGAAAACCUCGUCGUUCAUGGAAAAAGGAAUGAGUGAAUUAUAUACACAGAGCAUAUUUUAUAUGUUUCAAGACGAAAUCUUCCAAAUUAAUGCGUAUGUGGUAACGUCAAGACAUGAGGAUGAACAUCGGUGUUUGUGGGAUAUUCGGAGGCCGGAUAUGGAAGGGUCGAGAAGUCGAGAGAUUUCAGUAGAGAAGUCAUCAAACCUUGUUAGUUGCAGUUGUAAGAUGUUUGACUUUGAUGGAAUUCCAUGUCGACACAUGUUGGCUUACUUUAGUAGAAUGCAAAUUAUGGAAUUGCCUACUAAGUACAUCUUGCGGAGGUGGACAAAAUCAACAAAAGCGAGCAGAGUUAUGGAUGACUUGGGUAGUGUUGGAAAAGAAAUAUGCGACCGUUCGGUUUUAGUGAGGCGACAGGGUCUCUUCCAACUAGCUUGUAAUGUGAUUGAUGAGGGUGUACUAGAUGAGGAAGGAACUGAAGUGGUAUCCAAGCACCUAUUACUUGCGAAGGAUGAACUUGCAGUAUUGAGGAGUUCUCGCGAACCACGUCCAGCGAGUGUUAUCGAAAUGAGUAUUUCUAAUGGAAGCCAACAUAGUUUUAACGAACCACUCCAAGUUAGGGCAAAAGGUUGUGGUAAGCGAUUGAAAGGAGGAAAAGAGAGGGCAGUCAAGAAGAGCAGGAAAUGUCACGGUUGUGGGUUAAUAGGGCAGUCGCAUGACAAAAGAAAUUGUCCAAAGCUUCUUAACAUCUCUUCGCAAGAUGUUAGGUUGGACGAUGACGACGACGACAUGUCUAACAAUGAUGAUGAAUGAUGGGAAAACGCGAGGUUGACAAGAUGGCAACGUGCAAGAUAAAGAUGGAGGAAAUGGCAAGGCGAGGUUGACUGCCCUUGUAUACUGCUUGGAGAUGUCGGUUUUGUAAUGGGAUGUUCACUGCCCUUGUUGACCUCUUUGUAGUGUGUUGGAUUUUUUUGUAUUCUUGAAUGUUAGUGGAGUAGGAACUGUGUUAUUUACAAUAUGGAAAACAGGGGACAACAUUAAUGUAAUAUGGAGCUACAUGGGGAUGAGCUAUUUGAAUAUUAAUGUAAUCUGUAUUUAUUUUCUGAAUUGUAUUUUGUUGGCCGAUGUGUUUCAU